UGUUUUGAUUUGGUGAGAAUAUUGAAAAAAAACAUUUCGGUCAUAUUUUGCCUUUGACUUCAUUGGAAAUCCGCAAUUUUGGUCUUUUUCCUUUGCAAGGACCAAACCAAUCAUCCCGGGGCCUAAUCCACGUGCAUUAUUCGAGGAUACAUAACCAUAAGUGCAGAAGAUAAUCGUAUCUCAUUAUCGAGCGAGUUUUGAAGCAAGAAUCCUAUUGGGAUAAAUUCAUUAGCCUAGGAUAAAUCAAUCUCUGAGAUGAGGUUCAGAUUUUGCGGAGACCUUGAUUGCCCUGAUUGGGUACUCUCGGAAAUCAUCACCAUGUCAAGACUGACGUCCAUCAAGAUGAAAUUGCUGUGCCAGGUGGUGAUGGCUUCUUUGCUGGGCGACGAGCUGGACCAAGACAAGGCAAAGAAGCUUACGUCGGAUGCAAAAUUUGAUCAGUCAGAUUUGCAAGGAGCAGUGGCUGCUCUGGGCUUCAUUUUGCGGUCUGCUUCACGUUACGGUGUGGACUCGGCAUCCCUUGACAGCGAAUUGCAGCAACUUGGCCUUCCUCGAGAGUUGGCUGCCGCCCUGGCCAAAACCCACACUGACAACAAUGAGAAACUCUCAAACCAUUUGUCGGAAUCCUCCCUUAGAUUGUCAACUUUGAAAAGCGUUUCAUGUGCAAAGGAGUCAAUCAAGUUGCCCAAUAAUGGGGGCAACGUCCCAGUGAAUACUGUUCGGCUGAACUAUUUGGACACUGAUCGCAAAGAGGAAGAGGUCAUCUUCACCUUAUCACAAUCUCAACUUCAAUCUUUAGUUAAAGAUUUGAAAACUGCGAGGAGUAAGAUGGAAGAACUUUCUACUGAAUAAAAUGAAGAUUAUUAUACCAUUCCGGUCAUUUCUAUAUUUAAAUAAUACUGUAUUUUACAUUUAAAAUCCUUAAUAUCAUAUUUAAAUUUAAUAAAUAUGAACAGAAUAUUAAAAACUAUUUUUUGCCAUCAAUGCGAUUACA